UGAUCAUCACCCAACUGCUCAAACACACUGAAUCAAAAACAACAGCGUUCAACGUUUCACACAGAAUUUGAUGUGCGAUCUCGGUGUAUGUUCGGGUACGGCGUUUUAAGGGAUAGUGUUGUAACUCUGUUUUUAAGCCGUCAGGGAGUGGAUCUGUCUCGGACGCCAUCUUUAUCAAGCAGCAGCAGCCCGGGAGGGUGAAGAUCUGCGGGGCCACCGUUAACCAACACCGGGCUGGAGGAGUUUCUACACCGAACACUCAUGCUUGACAGAGACCGAUAAGUUGUUUUGGGACUGAUUCUGGUUCGAUAGGCGUGUUUCUGUCUUCUGGGUUUGUUGUUGUUGUGCUAGGAGGAGUUUGCUCUGGCUGGCUGCUCAUUCUGGCCUAUUGGAAGGGUGUUGGUCCAUAUGAGGCCGCUGUCUUGCAGAUGAGCCAUCAGUGGGGGCUGUCACGUCGCAGACCCAGAUAGUGACUGGCGGCUGCGGCUCAGGCCCUGCCCCCUCCCAGCAUGCCCAACGCUGUUCGCGCGGGGAGUCUGAAGGACCCCGAUAUCGCUGAGCUCUUCUUUAAAGAAGACCCGGAAAAGCUCUUCUCAGACCUGAGGGAGAUCGGUCAUGGCAGUUUUGGCGCUGUAUACUUUGCACGGGAUGUGCGGACCUCAGAGGUGGUGGCCAUCAAGAAAAUGUCAUACAGCGGGAAACAGUCCAAUGAGAAAUGGCAAGAUAUAAUAAAGGAGGUGAAAUUCCUUCAGAGGAUAAAACAUCCAAACAGUAUAGAGUAUAAAGGAUGCUACCUGCGAGAGCACACAGCAUGGCUGGUUAUGGAGUACUGUCUGGGGUCCGCUUCAGAUCUUCUAGAGGUACACAAGAAACCUUUACAAGAGAUGGAGAUAGCAGCGAUUACUCAUGGUGCUUUGCUGGGGUUGGCGUACCUCCACUCCCACAACAUGAUUCACAGGGAUAUCAAGGCUGGAAACAUCCUGCUCACUGAGCCUGGACAGGUGAAGCUUGCAGACUUUGGUUCUGCUUCCAUUGCCUCUCCUGCUAAUUCUUUUGUCGGGACUCCUUAUUGGAUGGCUCCAGAGGUGAUCCUGGCUAUGGAUGAGGGCCAGUAUGAUGGAAAGGUUGACAUCUGGUCUCUAGGAAUAACCUGUAUUGAAUUAGCUGAAAGGAAACCUCCGCUCUUUAACAUGAAUGCAAUGAGUGCCUUAUACCACAUCGCGCAGAAUGAGAGUCCGACCCUGCAGUUCAGUGAAUGGACGGACUACUUCAGAAACUUUGUGGACUCAUGCUUACAAAAGUUGCCUCAUGACAGGCCCAACUCUGAGGAACUGCUGAAGCAUGCAUUUGUCCAGCGCGAGCGACCAGAGUCGGUGCUUAUUGACCUGAUCCAGCGCACCAAAGAUGCAGUGAGAGAGCUUGACAACCUGCAGUACCGCAAGAUGAAAAAGCUCCUAUUCCACGAGGCCCACAAUGGCCCUGCAACAGAGGUCCCAGAUGACGAAGAGGAGGUGGAGCACAGUGUUGGCCAUACAGGCACAGUGAACAGUGUGGGUAGUAAUCAGUCCAUCCCUAGCAUGUCCAUCAGUGCCAGCUCACAGAGCAGCUCAGUCAACAGUCUGCCUGACGCCACAGACGCCACUGACGACAACAAGAGUGAAGUGGAUCUCAUGGAGAAAGACCAAACCAUCAUACCUAACAGCUCCAUAAUUCACGUCAAACCGGAGGAAGAGAGGUAUCCAGAAGACACAGAAGCUCAAAGACAGCCAUCAGAACCCCAGUCUCCCCCAGCACAGACACCACGCCGUCAAUACCGUAACAGAGAGCACUUUGCCACCAUCCGCACAGCCUCCCUGGUUACUCGGCAGAUUCAGGAGCAUGAGCAGGACUCUGAGGUGCGAGAGCAGAUGUCUGGAUACAAACGUAUGCGCAGACAGCACCAGAAACACCUUCUGGCCCUGGAGAACAAGCUGAAGGGUGAGAUGGAUGAGCACAGACUCAAACUGGACAAGGAACUGGAGAACCAGAGGAACAGCUUUGCUGCAGAGAUGGACAAACUCAUUAAGAAGCACCAAGCAACCAUGGAUAAAGAUGCCAAGACUUUUACCAAUGAUGAGAAGAAGUUCCUGCAGCACAUUCAGAGUCAGCAAAAGAAGGAGCUCAACAGCUUUGUGGAGUCUCAGAAACGCGAGUAUAAACUGCGCAAAGAGCAACUCAAAGAGGAACUGAAUGAGAAUCAGUCCACACCAAAGAAGGAGAAGCAGGAGUGGCUGUCCAAGCAGAAAGAGAACUUCCAGCACUUUCAGGCAGAGGAGGAGGCCAACCUUCUACGCCGGCAGAGACAGUACCUGGAGCUCGAGUGCCGUAGGUUCAAACGACGUAUUCUCCUCGCACGUCACAAUGUGGAGCAAGAUCUUAUGAGAGAGGAGCUGAACAAGCGUCAGACACAGAAGGAUCUGGAGCAUGCCAUGCUGCUUCGACACCACGAGUCCAUGCAGGAGCUGGAAUUCAGACACCAGAGCAACAUCCAGAAGAUGCGUGCAGAGCAGAUUCGCCUGCAGCACCAGACCGAGCUUACCAACCAGCUUGAGUACAACAAGCGCAGGGAGAGGGAGCUCAGACGCAAACACGUCAUGGAGGUCCGACAGCAGCCCAAGAGCCUCAAGUCCAAAGAGCUUCAGAUCAAGAAACAGUUUCAGGAUACAUGUAAGAUCCAGACCCGACAGUACAAAGCCCUGCGGAACCACCUGCUGGAGAGCACACCAAAACCUGACCACAAGACCAUGCUGAAGAGACUGAAGGAGGAACAGACGAGAAAACUAGCCAUCCUAGCCGAGCAGUACGACCACACCAUCAACAACAUGCUGUCCACACAGGCAUUGCGUCUGGAUGAGGCACAGGAGGCCGAGUGUCAGGUGCUACGAAUGCAGCUGCAGCAGGAGUUGGAGCUGUUAAAUGCAUAUCAGAGUAAGAUAAAGAUGCAGACAGAUGCACAGCAGGAGCGAGAGAGAAAGGAGCUGGAGCAGAGAGUAUCCCUGAGGAGAGCCCUGCUGGAGACCAAGAUUGAGGAGGAGAUGUUGACCUUGCAGAAUGAACGCACAGAGAGGAUCCGCAGCUUGCUGGAGCGUCAGGCCCGAGAGAUCGAGACCUUUGACUCUGAGAGCAUGCGCUUGGGCUUCAGCAACAUGGUGUUGGCUAAUAUCUCUCCUGAGGGCCUCAGCCACAGCUUUCCGGGGGCCCCAGGCAGUUGGAUCCCUCAUCAGCACCACUCUGAUAGCUCUCAGGGUGCACAAUGGGGCAGCAGCACUGGUUCAGGAUCCAUUCACCACUACAACUCCAGUCAGGGAGGAUCACAGGCGCAGCAGGGCUGGGGCCAAGCCAUCCCAGGAGGUGGACUUCCACCGUGGGGCCACUCCUCCUCAGGCCCUCCAGGGGCCAUGCCAAAAAGCAGUGUGGGGAUGCGUAACAGCCCCCAGGUGCUUAGGAGGACCACCUCAGGGGGGCGCACUGAGCAGGGCAUGAGUAGGAGCACCAGCAUCACAUCUCAGAUAUCCAAUGGUUCACACCUGUCCUUUACAUAGAUACCAGUGCAUUUGUGCCAACCCUGCACACAAAAACAAACACAAACAGGGUUGGGGAACGCACUGGCCCAGACUAAAGAGUGGCACAGAGAGCAGAAUUAACUGCACUUGUCUAUCUCUCCUCCAACUCGUCUUUUUUUUCUCUAUAUCUCUUCCCCUUUUCUCUCUCAUUUCACUCUCUUUCUUGCAGAUAUUUAAACUAGUAAAUAUUGCUCAGGUCAAAAGGUAGUCUAACUUUGCAUGAAACAUUUUUGACAACCAUGCAGAGCUAGAGUCAAAAACACUAGUCUAAUAAUUCAAAGCUCACUUGAGGAGAUCUAUGUAGUGCUAAUAUUAUAAAUAUAAAUAUAAAAUAGAUGUUUAUUUAGCUUUAGUCCGCUUAAUGUGUGGAUUCAUAAACCAAACUGAUGGAGAAGUUGGCCAUAAUUCUCAAUAUUUGCAAAUAAAUGAAAUACUAGAUGUUUAUUUAAGAAUGCAAGGGAUAUGGAUAACUAGACACAGUUACAAAUGCUCCUGAACUAUCAGCCUGCUGUCAUGCUCUAGGAAAAAGAAUGGUUUAGGGUUUUAAAAAAGAAAGAAAUCAAGAUGACUUGUGUGCAGUGAAGGACUGUGUUAGGAAGAGAGUCAGCCGAGUAAAUGUUUUUUAAGUAUUUAAUUUGUCUGAUUUUAAAGUUGGUUGAUUUAAUUGCAGUAAGAAUCUGAACGUUUAAGCACUACAUUUUCCACCCAGAAUUUUCUUGCGACUCAAAAUAAAUUGUAUUCUGGUGUUUUUUUUUUGUUUGGUUGUUUUUUAUGUGAAAAAAACAAUCAAACUUGACCUUUUAUAGACCUUUUGGUUACAUGUUUAUUGGGCCGUUAAAGAUCAAUGGGGCUGUGUUGCCCAAGCAGUGUGUCUUUGCAGAGUUUAGCAAGUAAGCACUGAACUGUUCAAAGGCAUUAUAGAAGUAAUCCAUACGACUCCAGUGCUUAAAUCUAUCUCUUAAGAAGAGAUAUGCUAUUUGUAAAAAUUUUUUACUAUAAAUCUCUACUUUCACUUUCAGAAUGUGACAAUGUGAAAGUCGAAGUGGAGAUUUAUAGUGAAAAGGGACUUAAAAAUGUUUCUGUUUCUCACCCACACUUAUCAUAUUGCUUCUGAAGACAUGGAUUAAACCAGUGGAGUCUUAUGGGUUACUUUUAUGCUGCAUUUAUAUGCUUGUUGGACCUUAAAAUUUAUGAUAUUCUUCUAAAAAUCUUACACAAAGAAAGUCUUACACAUCUGGGAUGGCAUGAGAGUAAUGAGAGAAUUUUCAUUUUUGGGUGAAAAAUUACUUUUAAGCAACAUUGUUUUAGACAGGAAGUCUUUCUUUAUUCUUCUCAGCAUUUGAAUUCAAAUUAAUUGUAUUAUGUAAGCUAGAAUUCAUCUGGGUUGUGUGUCCAGACAUAUGAUAUAACAAAAAGGCAGUAUAUUUUCAGUAUAUAUUUUUUACAUAAAAUAUGUUCAGGUUAUAUGUAUCAGUUAAGCAGUGUCACUACAAAACUAAAGAGUUAAAGGAUGUCAGAUGUGUUUUCCGUGCCUUCAUAGUUUUAGUUUGAAUACUUAGUAUAGAUAUGCCAAGAUAUGUUUUAAUGUACAUGAAAAAAAACAGUCCCACAUUUAGAUUUAUCUAAUACUAAUCUCCUGUCACGACAGGAUGUAAAUAAUCAAAAAUAAAGACGUAUAUAUAUCAUACUAGAACAAAAAGAGUGUGUGUUGGUAUAGGAGUGUGUGCUUGCCUCCUACAUGCAUGUAGUGUGCGAUAGGCUUAUAUUUUCCCACAAUGUAAUACUAAACACUUAUGCUAAUAUUCUUUUGAGGUGCCUUUUAAUAUCUGCAAAGCAGCAGCACUUUAUGUAGAGUGUCAUAUUUUGAGGGAUAUUUUUACAAAGGUUUGUAACUAUGGAAAUGACUGAUGCAGUGUGUGAUGGGGCUUGGGGAGUGACUGAGCUGGAGUUCUCCAGAAUAUUUGUUGUUCAUGGUUCAGUCUAUUAAAAGAGAUAAAUUCAAUUCAAAGUGCUUAAUUGGCAUGACAAAAUAGUUUUGUAUUGCCAAAGCAAUUACAUAGGGAAAAGGAAUAACAGAAAUUGAACAAGGACUAGACCAUACACAGGAAUAACUAUGACUCCGUUUCCACCUGGUCACUUAAAUGCAUCAACUUUAACCAAUUGUGUUCGGAUUAAGAGGGGAGGGUCUGUAUGGCGUACAUCAAUCACUAUGUCAGUGUGUUACUGCGUGAUAAUAAAGCGCAACAAAAUCAGAAAAGAAAAAGUGUGAAAAAACUGCCAGAUUCGGUUGAAAUAUAAUCCAAACACAAAUGCAACAUGUCAAGCAGAAUUAUCUGUUAUUUUAGCGGAUUACCUGUAUUAAAGGAGCUUCAGGUGUUCGUGCUUGUCAUCUGUGUUGAUAUCAGACAUGUUAGAAGAUCCGUGAAGCUCUCGUAAUUGUGUAUGCAUUUUACGCUUUUUUUAAAUUUUCCAUUCGGAUGGUAAUUUCCUUUUUAAAGCCACUGAUAAACGUCAAAGUUUAAACACUUGUCUUAGUGCAACUGUUGAUUGACAGGUGAGGGGUGGCACUUCACCGCUGCCGGGAUGCAUACAGGACGGAUUAGCAUUUACACCUCAAAUGCGAUGUGGUCACAUGUGUUCUUGAGCACAUUCGUAUGUGGUUUUAGUGAUCCGAUCACAAAUCGUUUUGGACGACGUUUAGAUCUGUAUUUAGGGCUGACCACAUGUGAUCGGAUCACCCGAAACUCAUCUUAAUACCUGGUGGAAAUUGAGUCUAUAAAGAAAUAAAUAUAUAAUAAUAAACAAUACACUAUUAUUGCAACAUUAUCUAUAUGAUCACUUUCAGGAAGAGAAGAUAUGAAAGUGCAGACUUGUUUCGGGGUCAGUGAUUUUUCAGCCGUAUCUUUAUGAUGUCUCAAAGGAAAUCAAUGAAAAUGCAGAACCUUUUUUAAUGUACUUUGUCCCCCAUCGGGUUUGAGUCAUGUUUCUUUGGCACUUUGGGACUAUUAAAACUGAAGGAGCUUAAACGGCUCUCUUUUUUUCUUAAGGCCAUGACAGCAGGCUUUGUUAUGGGAUUCAAAACAGGCUCUUGUGGAGCAGACAAACACUUUUAUUUGGUACUAUGUCCUCCACAUUAACAUUUUGGACACACCUAAUCAUUCUUUAUUUGUAUUUUCCACAUACAAGAAAAUAGUAUAGUCAUCUAAAGAAUGAAAUAUAUGGAUGUGAUUUUCUUUUUUUCUUUUUACUUUUUACAAAUAAUGCUAAAACGUCAAAAUCUUAUAUUUUAAAUUCAUCAAAAUAGCUAAACUUCUGCAAUCUCUUAACCAGCUUCAUGAGGUAUCCACCUGAAAUGCUCUUAAAAUAGCAUUGAACGAGUCAAAAACACACUUUAGUCAAGUACCAAACUUUUUAAUGGAAUUGACGGUUUAUGAAGUGCAGAAGAUGUAUUUAAUAACUCAAUAGCUGCCCCAAAGAUGUAACAGCCAAAAGAUGUAAUAGUAUUUUUUACGUUAAAGCAACUAAGAAGACCAAGCACAUUAGUGGAAUUUCCUCUUUAACUGACAGGGAAUCUUUUGAUCUCUUUAUCCCUGCUCUCUGUCUGUCCUCUGCGCCAACCGUACCGCAGGUGUCAGUGCCUAGUAUUGAGAGGAUAUGAGAUGUGCUGCCGAUGCCCCUGCCUGCCCUCACUCUCCCCCACUGCUUUAGCUGCCUCUUUGCCAUCACUCCACGCCAAGCUCUACCUGGAUCCAGCGUUUGAAAGGAUUGAUGCCUGAAUGCACUUUUUGGCGUGGGGGUAUUUUUUUCAAGCUAUCUUUUCUUCCAAGUGAGAUAGUCUAGUUGGUUUUGCUUUACAGCACUUUGACUCCAGGAAUCACAAACCAUUGACUUAUCCUUGUGAUAUUUUACUCACAUUUUAACACUUCUGAUGGAGUAUGUUUCCCCCCUUUUCCCUUGUGCAAUCAUUGGUGAAGACAAGUAUCAUCAGGUGGAACAUGUCUCUCCCUUUACGUUCCACUAUCCCAAAAGAGCUUGUGUGACUGCUGACCUAAACACCUAUUAUUAUUAUUAUUAUUAAAUGGAUCCAGCUCUAAUGUGAAAGAGCAAGUAGAAAGUGUACCUAACUAAACUCUAGUUGUCUGGGGAGAGUGUUCAUAUUGUAUAUUUGAUUAAAAUAAAGAUUUUAAAUGCAUAGAAAUUAACAUUGAUGGCGGUUUUCCCCCCAUCAAGAAAACUAAAAAGAAAAAAAAAGAAAACUAUUUAGAAAUGUAACUAUUUUCCUUGAGCUUUUAAAGGGAUAGUUCACCCAAAAACGAAAAUUCUGUAAUGGUCUCACAUUCAUGUUAUUCCAAACCCAUAUAAUUUUCUUCUGUGGAAUAAAAAAAGAUGUUAGGCAGGAUGUUGGGGACUGAAAGCCUGUCACCAUUCACUGUUAUUGCAUCUGUUUUCUAUACAAUAGCUGUUUUUCCACUAUUGGGCCAGUGCAAGCCAGGACUAUCAACUGGCCAGCUGGGGCCAAUAGCCUCGGACCUGCAAGCCACAAGACCAAAAUCGAUCUGCGUUCCCACCAUCGGGCCAAUAGCCCCACAGUGUUGGUCUAAAACCUGCCCUUAAUAUGCUGCCCUGGUGCCAACAUCACACACCUUGCCCAUUUCACAAGCAAGAGGGAAGCUCAAGCUGAGGUUUCAUGCUAUCUAGAAUAUUGAGUUUAUAUUGAAUUUAAACAUUAGCUAGCUAGCAAGAUAAAUGAGCGAUAACAACUCACCGACUGUAACUGGCAUGAUGUCUCAAGUGGUCUUUUUACUAACAGUGAGAUGAUGUCCCAGCACACCGUCUAUAAAAGUUCACCGACCCAUGGAAAGUAAUUACUUUGGGCACCGAUUUGCCCAUUGGCCAUUUUAACGGAUUUGUACUGUGAACAAUUUUUUUUUAUUAUUAUUAUUUUUCCUGAACGUGUAUCAUUGUGCGCUGGAUACAUAUCCUGACAAGUUUGGCGAAACUUGGCCAUUGGCCCCAUGAAAGCCCAGAGGAAGCACAAUUAAGUGACUGUGGAAUGCAAUUGGCUCUGGCACGCACUAGCACUCCCCCAUUUGGCCCGAUAGUGGAAACGCAGCUAAUGAAAGUGAAUGGUGACUGAGGCAAUAAUUCUGCCAAGCAUCCCUUUUUGUUGUUCCAGAGACAAAGAGUGUCAGACGGGUUUGGACGUGAGGGUGAGUAAAUGAUAAAAUAAUUUUCAUUUUUUGGUUAAUUAUGCCUUUAAGGGGUUUUUGGCCUGUGUACAAUGAGACUCACUCUGGGACCUCAGAGUUGAACUUCAGGGAGUAGUGUGUGUUUACAUGUCACCUCUGCACACUUUCUGUUUUCCAUUUGUAUUUGAACAUUUGUCUGUUGAUCACAGGAAAGCUUCUGUACAUGCCAUGGUCCACUGUAUUCUCAAACGCCUUUAUUCUGAACCCUACAUUCAUGUGAAUGUCAGAAGGUGCAGUAUCAUCCAGUAUAUAUAUCCUACCAUGAAUUCAGUUUAAAGGCACAAAUGUGCAAAACAGAGCUGUUAAUGGACACAGUCAAUUUUUUUCUAUUUUAUUCCUCUCAUUGGUCUACAUUUUGAUAUCAAGGUAAACCUUUUGUUUUUAACCAACAAAUGAUCGGUUUAGUCCAAUUAUCAUGUUUUUUAAUCAUUGCUUUUGUUUAUAAGAAUACAUUUUGGGUGAGGUCUGUUUGAAUUAGGUUGGCAUUACUGAUAAUUGUGAUAACCGUUUAUUUGUCAUCCCUGCCACCAAUAUAGAUUUAAACAUUAUAUUUUUAUCCUAGUUUUAAACUCUUGUCCUACUGACUGAAUUGGGGGAUAUGUAAGUAAUACUGAUAGAUGAGAAAUACUAGUUUGAAAUGCAAAUGUUUUUUCUAAUGGAGGUUUAACCUCUUGUCAAACACUGUGCCAUCCCACAGCUGCCAAGCCCGGUCACUACUGCAAUGUCUCCUCUCCAGAGGAACCCCAUUGACAGGCUAUAAUGGAGUGGUGAUUAUUUUAGUUCUACUGGGCCUAAACACUCCUAUCGCCAACACUACAAACAAAUGAAAUGGGGAGCGAUAGAGAGGGGCUGGCCGAAGGGGAAGGGCUACAUUUCUGUAAGGAACAUAAGUAUUAAUUUGCUGUGUUUGAAAUUGCAUACUAACACACUGCAUACUGAAUUCUUUAAAAAAAAAAAUAGUACUAGUAGUGUGAUAGUAUGCCAUUUCCAACACACCCAUUGUCCUCUGGCUCAGCAUCACCACUAUAACUCAUAUGUAACCUGUAUCAAAAUGUAUAGAUUGUGUAUCAUGUUACUGAAUGUCUAAAAAAUUAUACAAAAAGUUUAAAAAUACAGAAUAAAUGGCUUGAAAUUGUAUUAAAGUAUUCCUGAAUCAGAGAAAACAAGCUAAGGAUAAAUUAACUUUUUCUUCUGUAAUUACUAUUGUUUUGAUGGAGGAACACUGGUCAGAGGAUCCGCUGUAAUAAAAUUAAAUUUAGUACAUUUAGUCUGGCUUUUUAUUUUUAAAAAAAUAUGAAGUUUUAACUGUU